AUGCUUCAGGCUCUUAAGAUCUCUCAGUGCUUCAGGCUUCUCAAAGCUUCUCAAGAUCUCUCAGUACCUCAGAUUUCUCAAAGCCUCUCAAGAUCUCUCAGUGCCUCAGGCUUCUCAAGGCCUUUCAAGAUCUCUCAGUGCCUCAGGUUUCUCAAAGCUUCUCAAGAUCUCUCAGUGCUUCAGGCCUCUCAAGGCCUCUCAAGGUCUCUCAGUGCCUCAGGCCUCUCAAGGCCUCUCAAGGUCUCUCAGUGCCUCAGGCCUCUCAAGGCCUCUCAAGAUCUCUCAGCCUCUCAAGGCCUCUCAAGGUCUCUCAGUGCUUCAGGCCUCUCAAGGCUUCUCAAGAUCUCUCAGUGCUUCAGGCUUCUAAGCCACUCAAGGUCUCUCAAGAUCUCUCAAUCUCUCAGUGCCUCAGGCCUCUCAACCAUCUCCCUCCUUCUCUUCUGGCUUCAUCCUCGAAGCCUGUGA